CGCAUGCGUAUCCGGAUGUUUAGAAAUCCCGAACUAGACAUCUUAUAGCGCGUUUACAGGCGAACAAUUCAUAAGGACAGAAUAAAGUGCACAAAUGAUACAUGUAUGUAAACAUUUAUACAGUCAUGGCAAAUUGAGACUUUGUUGACUGCAGUAAACAAGAUUUGACGCAAGUACACACAGCACACAAUGACAGAUGAGAACCCUCCCCCUUUACCCCCCAGGGUGAGGCACAUUCCAGGCCACACUGACCACAACAUACAACAGCAGGAGAUGCAGCUAUGGCCACAUCUCUCCCUCUCCCAGGCCCAGCCUGCGCCAGGAGUCCAGGCUGUACCAGUUGGUAUAGGCUUCAAUAGCCGGCCCCAGCAGCAGAUCUGGCAGGAGCCCAGCUCAGCUUUUUCACAGAGGGGAUGGCAGCCAUUCCCUCAAGCACACACUCAGCAGAGCCCUCAAGAAUCACAAGAGUUGAAUCCCCAAGUUGUCCGGUCUCAGCCCCAGAACUGGCCCACUGGUGAAAUGAACCCCAUCCAGCUACAGCAGUUGCAACAUUUGCUAAUGCUUCAGCAACAGCAACAGCAGGCUAUGCAGAUGCAGCAGCAGCAGCAGCACCAUCCUCAGGACCAAGGUCUUCAUCACCUCGAUCCAAUUGGUCAUCAUGAAGAUAGACAACAAGAAAAAUUUGCUAAGUCACCCUCACCACAAAUAGAGGAAAACAGAAACUCACCAGCUGUAGGAAGACAUUUUAUGCACAAUGUAACAAGUCCCCAGCAACAAGUUUGGCAGCCAGUGAUGCACCAAUAUGAUCUCUCUCACGGUGAUCCCCAACAGUCACAGGCCUUUCAACACACACCGGUCUCUCAUCACCAGCCGCUGUUUGCACAACAGCAGUAUGUCCAUCACCAGCCGGUGUGGCAGCACCACACGCCUUACAGCCAGGUCCAAGUUCAGCAUCUUCGGCAGACCACACCUCCAAUACAGCAGCAUGUCCUCUGGCAGCAGCAGCAGCAGCAGCAGCAGCAGCAACAACAACAACAACAAAUUCAACAGCAACAAUUGCAACCACAGCACCAUCAACAGCAGCAUCAACCUGCCCAUCAGCAGCAUUCAGACCCUCCACCCCCGUAUUCACCCCCGUCAUCAUCCAGCAGUUUUGCUGAUAAGCCCUCAAGUUUGGAUAAAAAAGAAUCAGAGCUGCAUAGCAAUCAUCCUAGUCUUUUUAACAAUAACAGACUGCCAAGUUCAGAGCCUGCAAUGAUGAAUAGAAAUGAUCACAGGUCACAUCAGGUAGACACUUUUGUGACAACAGUGAAUAGUGUUCCUACUCCUUCAGCACCACCAUUGUCGAUGAACACAAAUGUUCCUAAACCUCAAAUUAGAAUUUUGAGUAAAUCCCAUCAGAACAAUGAUGAAACAUCAGUUUUUGGACACAUUCAAAAACCUCCAGAAAGUGUGAUACCCCAAAGUUCACUACCACAGAGUGUCAUACAGAGACCUGUGCAUGGAAUUGGGAAUUUUACCAACAAUAGCACCAGUUUUCAGAAUAUUCCUACUGCGUCAAAACCUCAGAACUUUAACCCAAAUCCAAGCAUGAGCCCAUAUAGUCAGAAUUUAAGUUCCCCAAACAUGGUGAGUAAAGGACUACAGGGACUGUAUGGCAGCCAGCCAACGACCCCUCGCUACCCGUCGCCCAUUAAGGACCGGGCACCAGGGCCAAGCCCGACAUUGAACCAGUUCCGUGCCAGCUCCCCAGGUGCAGUGAUGCGGAAUCACACACCACAGGGUGUGGUCAUCAACAAUGUCUACCAGAGAAAUGUGCCACCUCCACCCCAAGGAAUGAAUGUGCACGUUGUUGAAAAUGUGGAGUUGAACAUGUUCGUUCAGGGCUUAAAUCCCCGCACGCGACCAGACAGCAUACAGAACUAUUUUGAGGCUGUGGGCAAGCCCGCCUGUGUGAAGGAACAAAUCCUCUUCAACAUGGAGCACACAGAGGCUCUCAUUGUCUUUCAACAGAAACCGGACAUGAUGAAACUGAAGCAAAAUGUGAAGACCCGUAAGUUGGACGGGUUUAACCUUGAGAUUUGUGAUGUUCCCCCACCCCGUUGUAUAGUGGUGAGCAGUGAAUCCCCAAUACGCAGCACAGAGGCAGUCAUGCUCUACUUUGAGCGGGAACAGAUCGGGGGUGGGCCACUGAAGAAGGGCAAGAUGGAUGAAACUGAGGAUGGUUGUCUGCUGUUGGAGUUUGAGGACCCAAGAGUCGUACAAAGGCUUUGUUCCAUCCAGCGUACCCACAAAGUUGAUGGUGUGUUUCUGCGCAUCUCUCCCUACUACCAGUGUGAGAACGGAGCAAUCUGGGAUAUGAACAUGCACGUGGUCCCUGUGCCAAAACCUGUCAACAUACAGAUACUGCCUGAUCAACUGGAGUUUGUGAAAAAAUACAGUCAACCCCAGUUUACCUCCAGACUUCGUGACAAGUAUGCAGACGUCUCAUUCUCUAAAGAUCAUGUGACUGUCAAGUGUAUGUUACGUCAGGCAAUGCCUCAGUAUCGCCAGCUGGCAAAGGGAUGGGACUCUGCCGUGCAGGAAGCUGUCGCAAACUUCUUGGCGGAAAAUAUCGAUCAAACUGACAUACGGGUGCCGGAAAACAUCUGGGAUAAAAUUUGUGACUUUCUUAAUUCAGGGAGACAAGAACUAAAAGAUAUGCUCAUAAAACCAAACAGGGAAAGAAAAUCUCUCAAGUUAGUUGGCUUCAAGAAAAAGGAAAAUGUGAAAAACGCGCAGAAAAUCAUAGAGGAACAAGUGGAAACUUUCUCAAGAGCUGCUAGAAGAAAAACUGAAACAAGGAAAGUGAAAUCUGCCGAGCAUUUAGCUAUCUUAGACUUUCAGGAAAGUUUUCAAAAUAUCUGUAAAAAAUUCACGGAUCUAGUCAUACAUGUAGAGGAAAAUGAAGUAACCAUUGAAGGUGACCCAGCGGACAUUCCAAAUGCUUUUAUAGAUAUUUAUGCGGAAUGUGACAAUGUUGAGCCUAUCACAUACAAGCAUGGCAAGUCAAGAGAAUGGGUUCAGUUUGUCAAGAAGGAAUCAACCAGGUCGUAUAUUGAAAAGAAAUUAGAAGAAAGCAAAAUCAAAGGUUGUUAUACUGUGAACGGAACAGAAAUCAGUGUCUUUGUCCCGAGUGCAACAAAAAGUGAUGAUAUCAGGGAUGUGAUUGUCAAAUCAGUGUUAGAAGAAAGUGUUGCAGUGGAACAAUCAUCGAGAGAUUUGUUGAAUUCAGAAGUGUGGGGAGACUUUUUAAUUGAUCUCAAAAGUCGUGUGAAGGAUACUGUGGAUGUUUUUACCAAAAAGCUUGAAACUGUUGUUGUGCUGGGUUUAGACAAUAGUGUUCCUAGUGUAGUAAAACAAAUUGAAGAGUUUCUCUAUGCAAAGACUGAGAAAGCAGUGACAGUUCAAUGUGAUUCGGUCAAGAUGGAUUUUAUCUCAGAGUGUUGGACGGAACAGGACUUUAAGGAAAUAGAACAGCAUAACGUGGUAGUAAAGAAAAAAGCAAAUGGCAUAGAAUUAACUGGCCUUUCAGACAAUCUUAUAGCAGGGAAACAAAAGUUGGAUGCAAAACUGAAGAAAAUGUGCAACAAGAAACAUACUCUCCGUAAAAUUGGCAUCCAUUCUGUCCUCAGAACAGCCAAGUUGUCCGGGACGAUCACUUCCCUGGAGAAGGAGUGUAAAUGUGUGGUAAGACUACCUGCAGCUUUGGAAGAAGAUACAACAUACAUGCUCAGUGACUAUGAAGUGGUGGAGCCAGAGUUCAUCGCAGGAGACUUGAAUGCCUUGUCCUCAGGACCAAAGUACUUCCAGACCAAAAAACUAAAGAUCAAAAUUCAGCUCAGUCAGAAGGAACUUCACCAAAUCAAGACGGACAUCAUAGUAUGCAGCGCAUCCCGGAAUCUUAACCUGCGCAGUGGUGCAGCCUCCUACGCGCUUGUGAAGGCAGGAGGAAGUCAGGUCCAGGACGACCUGACUCGCAUGUAUCCUGAGGGGAUAAAAGACGGGGAACUGGCGAUUGUGGAUGGCGGGAAACUCCACUGUGACAAAAUCUACCUCUCCUCCUUACCUGCAUGGAAAGAGGCUAGUGGGAAUGGCGGAAAGGUUUUCCGAGACUUCAUGCGAGAAUGCCUCAGGAAAGCUGACAGACAUUCCAAAAAAUCUGUGGCAUUUGUGAGCAUGGGAACUGGGGGGUAUCUAGGCUACCCUCACGAGGUUGUGGCCAGCAUCAUGUAUGGGGCCCUGGUCGAGUUUGACAAGUGUUACCCCAAGUCCAGUCUCCGGGAGGUCUGGUUUGCCCUCUAUAGCAAAGACACAGAGACCAUCAAGGCUUUUGAAGACCAUGAGCGCAUGCGACUGUAUGGCACUGCCAGUCUUGGGAACUUGUCAACAGAUUUUGUGAACGGGAAGAUCAAGAUUGACCUUGUUACAGAGGACCUGUCCAAACAAAGUGUAGAUGCGUUGCUGUGCAGUGUGUCCUCGGAUAUGAACCUGACAAGAAGCCCCAUCUGCAAGUCCCUCGUGCAGAAUGGCGGCAACUCGCUACAGGGUGAAUGUAAGCAGAAAUACAACAAUGAACUCCAAGUCGGGAAGGUUGCGGAAAUAUCAGGGGGCAAGUUGCCAUGUAAAACCAUCUUUCUCACCCAUCUACCCACAUAUGAGGAGUCCAGCACUGCUGAACAGAGUCUUAUAGACAUCCUACAGCAGGUUUUCCAGCUGGCCAACUUAAAGAACUUGCGCUCCCUGGCCAUCCCUGCUUUGGGGACUGGCUACCUAAACUACCCCAAGACGAUAGCUGCGCGUUGCAUGUAUGACGCAGUGCUGGACUGGGCUGCUAAAAACCCAAAGGCAUCACUGAAAUCCGUCCGGUUUGUGAUGUAUAACAAGGACACAGAAGCACAGCAGGCUUACAGGAUCUGUCACCUGCGUUGCCAGGGUCGUGAGGCAAGACUACAGCGACAUUUCCUCGGUGACGGGACAGUGAUGGCCACACCAAAUUCUGGGACCAAAUAUAGGAUGGUUAAAGAUGGAUGUGUGCUGGGGCCAAUACAGCUUAACGUCAGCAUUGGAGACAUACUGACAACGAAGGCAGAAGCCAUUGUGAAUGGGGUUGGUUCUGGGUUCGAGAUGAAUGGAGCCAUUGCUCAAGCUUUGCUCAAGAAAUGCCCUAACAUCCUGCCUGAAUGCCAGCAGAAGAAGGAUGAUCUGAAAAAGAAUGGAGUUGUGAUGACCAAAGUGGACGGUCUGUCUGCUUCCUGUGUGAUCCAUGUGGUGUGGCAGGUCUCGCUCUCUAACUGGAGGUCCAAGAUGACUGACUGUCUGGAGGAGGCUCAUAAACACAGCCUCAAGAGUGUGGCCUUCCCAGUGUUGGGUUCAGGCUCUGGUCCCAAGCAAUUUACCUCAGAGAGCAUAGCUGAAUGCCUGUUCACUGCCAUAGAUGACUUCCUAUCCUCGCACCCAAACACCUCACUGACCGAGGUCCGGCUUCUGGUCCAUAUCAGUAAGAUAUCCAGCCAGCCGGGCAUCCUGUCAGCUCUACAGGGGAAAACUUCGGCAGCAAAUGCGCAGUCCAGUUUGUUGGGGCAGGCGGUGAAAGAAAAACUAGGAGCAAUUGCUGAGAAGCUUGGACUAGGAGGGAGCAAGAACAAUGGGCGACAAGUUGUGGUGAAAUCCCCCAAGCCUUCAGUGGACUCUGUCCUGGUCAUGCUGUACUCAGACUCCAUGGACAAUAUUGACCGGUGCAUAAAGGCCCUCGAAGACAAGAUUGGCCUAGGAUACAGUAAGAAGACUGUCACCGCUGAUAUGGAUGUGAUCAAAGGGAUGUCCGAUAGUGAGAUUGACAACAUGGUAGAUCCGAGAAUCCUUGUGGAUGUUAAAUUUGACAAAAAUUCAGGCAUCUUCACCUUAAAUGGCCCUUCAAACCAGGUUAGCGCAGCGAUUGACUGCAUCCACAACAAGAUGCGACAAUACAAGCGCCAAGAGAGCACACAAGAGCUCGCAAAGCUCCUAUAUUCUCGAAUCCAGUGGCAUUGGCUUUGUGAGGAUAGGACGGCGCAGGAAACAAAGGAGAAAGCCUAUAGUGAGCUGCCAAAUUAUGCAAUAGAGAUGGCCUACAAAGACAAUAAAGAUACUGUGGAAUUGACAUCAAAGGAUGGGAAGGUGUACAUUAUUGACUUCAAGAAACUUGUGGAGUAUCAGAAACUGAACAAAGGGGACACUGUGCAUGUGGUCAGGAAGGAUGUACUCAAAGCUGAGCAGGUCCAGCUCCCCACCUCAUGGAUGACUAUGAGCAAUAAUGAGAAUGUGAAGAAGGUUGCAUUGCCACGGGGGAAGGAGUACUCAGAGGUGGAACGAGAAUUUAUCCAGCAGGCGCGUAACGGGGCGUACUCCGGGAAGAACAAGAACAGUCAGAAUAUACAGGUUGUUAAGAUUGAGCGUAUUCAGAACCGGUUACUGUACAAGCAGUACAUGGCCAAGAAGAAACAGAUGGAGCAGAAACUGGGCUCGGGGACGAAGAUCGAGCGCAAAGUGUGGCACGGGACCACAGCGGACGUAAUACCCAGCAUCAUCAACAAUGGAUUCAACAGGAGCUACUGUGGCCUCCAUGGAACGUGGUAUGGACAGGGUGUAUACUUUGCCGCAGAUGCCUCCUACUCGUGCCAAUCCUACCUUCAGGGUGGGAAACAUAGCCACAUGUUCCUCGCCAAAGUACUCGCUGGCAAGUUCUGUAAAGGGAAACCCGAGAUGCGGGUUCUGCCUGCAAUCAAUCCCGCAAAGCCUGAAGAUGUUUAUGACAGCGCUGUCGACGACACGAACAAGCCAAUGGAGUUUGUUAUAUUCCAUGACACUCAGGCCUACCCAGAGUAUUUGAUCACAUUCAUGUGAUGUGUCUUUAGUUUAUUUCAGAUGUGUUCAGAUUCAAGUAUCAGCCAUAGUGAUCGAGAUAUGUCAUAUAUAUAUACAUAUAUACAUGUAGGUUAUGUAAUUGCUUAAAACCAUAGAGUAUUGUUAAUUUCAUACAUUCAUUACCGUUACUGAUAUACUUCUUGUGUACACAUCACUUAAAUACAUUAGAAAUUAUCCAUAUUCUGAUGCCCAGCAUUAUACUUUGAAUAUAAAAUAUUCAUUGUAGUUAAUUUUCUGCUAAAGUGACAUAGGAUAAGGUUUAAUUCAAGUCUCCAUGAUACAAUAAACAUAAGCUUUCAGAGCUUUCAAAACUGACUACAUACUUCCUAUGUGUACAGGAUGUAAUUGUUACAACUGCAAUUCAAAGAUUUAUACAUACUUUACAGAGUUUAUACAAUUCCGUUAAGAAGACUUUUAAAUUGCCAAUGUACUUAUUUAAUUGUAAUUCAGAAAAAAAACAGGUCUUUUUGGAGCCGGAAUUUAGGUCCCAUUUUCCUGCUGAAAAAAAGUAUAUAUUUUUCCCCACCCCAGGUAAAAAAAUCCUUCUUUUUUUUAGGAGCAUUGACCUUUUAAAAUUUAGCAAAUGUAGCCAUUAAGUGCCAUUUUAUAAUUAUAUAUAUAGGUUUGUUGAAUAAAAAGUUUGAAAACAAGUUUAACAUUAUAUGAAUCAUGGUAAUUUUUCCCACCUUUUUGUCAAAAUGAUGCUAUUAAAGGGCCUUGCCACCACUCCCUUUUAAGUGGAAAAAACACUAAUUUAGAAGAAAUAUUUGCUGUAACUGUCAAAGAUUAGUUAAAUUUCAUUAAAUAAUACAGUAGUUAAGACAUGUAAGAAACAACUAAAAAAAAACAACUUGAUACUGUCUGUAGUUAUAGAAUAUCAUAAAUGAUAAUUGUGUGUGUUUGUAUUGGAACUUGAACGUUUCCCUGUACAAUCGCUCCUGUUAUUAUACUGUGCUGCUUUGUCUAGCAGUAAGGCUACAACUUCACAACCAAGUCUAGGGACAUUUUGACACGCCAUUCAUGGAAUUAAUCUUCUCAUUCUCCCAAUAAAAAAGAGAUGUAUGUUCAAAAUGCCGUAACUCAAUAUUCAGUGUGUUAUUGUGUCGCCUGAAGACGACAUAUAGGGGUUACUUUUGUCGGCAGCAUCGGCAGCGGCGGCGGCGUCCGCGUCCCAUUUUAACUUGUCCGGGGUAUAUCUCCUAAACUAUUAGUGGUAUCAACUUGAAACUUAAUAUGUACAUAGAUCUAAUUGAGGGCAAGUGCAGUGCACAAGAACUGUUACUCUUGCUUCCAUAUUUUUAGAGUUUUGCCCUUUGUUAUUUUUCAUGCUUAAAGUUUUGUCCGGGGCAUAUCUUGAAGAAUAUAAGAGUUUUCAACUUGAAACUUCAUAUGUAGAUAGAUCUCAUGGAGGGCAAGUGCAGUGCACAAUAACAGUAACUCUUGCUUUCUUAGUUUUAAAAUUAUUGCCCUUUGUUAAUUUUCAUGCUUAAAGUUUUGUCCGGGGCGUAUCUUGAAGAAUAUAAGAGGUAUCAACUUGAAACUUCAUAGCUAGACAGAUCUCAUUGAGGGCAAGUGCAGUGCACAAUAACAGUAACUCUUGCUUUCUUAGUUUUAAAGUUAUUGCCCUUUGUUAAUUUUCAUGCUUAAAAUUUUGUCCGGGGCAUAUCUUGAAGAAUAUAAGAGGUAUCAACUUGAAACUUCAUACCUAGAUAUAUCUCAUUGAGGGCAAGUGCAGUGCACAAUAACAGUAACUCUUGCUUUCUUAGUUUUAAAGUUAUUGCCCUUUGUUAAUUUGCUUGCUUAGGUUUUGUCCGUGGCAUAAACUAUAGGAGGUUUCAACCUGAAACUUAUUCUGUAGGUAUAUCUGAUUGAGGGUUCAAAUGCCACCUACACUUGAAAGUUAAAUGGCAAUAUCAUUGUCUAUAAAUGAAUAAAAUGCCAAUCUAACAGCUAUAAUGUCGACAGUAAAAAAUUCGUCAGGCGACACAUCCGACUCGCGGAGUUCUAGUUCAUGUUUAUAAAUUUAGUAAAAGCUUUCAGGUGAUACAUUAAUCUUUUAAAAAAAAAUCAUAGUCCAUAAACUAUUUGAAUACUUGUAUAAAUGUAUAUAUAAUCUUUACUUUGAGGGCAUCUCCGUUGUUAAGUCUCGUGUAUAAAGCUGUUUUCAUGAUUUACCAAGUGUUUGUGAUAUUUUUCAUGGUGUAAUCCAUUUGUACUUGUAAAUACUAGUUUUACCAUGCAUGUAUAUGUCAACUCAGUGCUACAAAUUGUAUAUAACUAAAAUCACAGCUGAUCUUGUACAAAGUGAGGGGAUGUGUACAUUUCAUUUAUACCCCUGUUGUUGAUUGCUACAGUAUUAGUGUUAAAGCAGUUGUGAAAUGUUUCUGCAACCUAGUUAACAUGAUAACUAGUAACAGGGACUACAAGAUGGUCGGAAGAAACUAUUUCUGGGGGGGAGUUGGCUUCUUCAUAUAAAAUAUGUGCAUUCAGUGACAAACAUUAUUACAAGUGUGUACUGCGUUAAUUACAUGUUUAUAUGUACAUGAGAUAGAGUUAUGAAAUUAAACUGAAGGAUAAUUGGUUUUAGGAACUUGAAUUUCCUGUGGUACUUGGGAAUAAUAAUGAUGUUUAUAUUGAUAAAGAAAACUAUGAUGAAAUCUUAAUUUUGUAUUAAGAUCUUAAAUGUUUGAAAUCCGAUAUUUGUAGUGGUUUAAUGGGUUAUAUUCUGUCUGAUACAGUAGUUUGAAACAAAUUAACUGAUUAAGUUCAAUAUAUUGGGUUAAAGAUUCUUAAUGUAUCAGGUUGACUAUUAACAAAAUGUCAUGAUACCUGGGUUAAUUAAUUACUUUUGUGUUAGAUUUGUUAAUGAUGUUUAUUUGUGUACAACUUCAAUGCCUAUUGUAUACGGUCAUUAGGCAAACCAUUUUGAGCCAUUUGUGGAGCUUCAGAAAUAUAACAAAACCAUAUUGUGUACUAGAUGUUCUUACCUAUAUUGCAAUUGUUCCUGAGAAUAAUUUUCUGUAUUUACACGAACAGAAACUAAGAAAAUGGACAAGAAUACCUGGUUUUGUUAUAUAAUUUAAAGGAAAUUGCAAUUGCUUAAAAACAUUUCUGUAACUUCACAUUUGGCUUAUAGGGAAGACGGUCUUCCCAACAGCAUGUUUUCACAGAAAUGGGUAAAGCUUGUUUAAGCAAGCUACAUGUACUUUUCAACCAUAUAAGUAUAGGGCAUUUGUUGUUAAAGGAAAAAUACCAAUUACUCUAGCUUUGAAACAAAAAUAUUUGCCAAUUUUGGAGUUGUUGUUUUGUUAAUUUGCAUUAAUUCAUAUUUUGUAUGACCAUUGACCCUUUUUAGAUGUUUUCCUUGCAACAGUUUAAGUAACAAAACUCAAAUUGUGUUUCUUAUAAAUUACUGUCAAAUAACAUUGCUUUGUUAGUUGCAUGAUGGAAAAAAGAACAAAGAAGCAUAACAGGUUUUACACAUUUCUGUGGGGACCAGGGACGAGCACAUCUGUACAUGUGUUUUGUUACGUCCUAACAAAUCAUGAGAACACACCACUCGCAUUCAGAUGUCAAACGGGAAUGACACCUGGCUGUGGGUGGAGUGCUUUUACAAGAAAGCGGGAUUAUCGGGGGCAAGUACAAGAAUUGCUGGUUAAAGUUUAAAAAGCAAAAACUAAACUAUUAAGUUUGCAGCUGUUUUUCUGCUUGCUUUUGAUGGUCAGGAAUAUUAACACAGGCAUACAAUGCCACAGUGUUAGUAUUAGUGCAAGGGAAUUUUACAACUGUUUUUGAUAUCUGAUAGAACAUUUGGUUAAAGGUUAUAAUGUUAAUCUAUAAUUGUUAGGCAGUAUUUUUUAUGAGGUAUUUGUUGAGAUGGAACAAAGUUAAAAUUGAAGUUAUUUUAAAACAACCUCUCCAUAUAAUAUGCUUAAUCUGUUGUGAAAUUUCUUUGUGCUGGUAGGUAUUAUAGUGUUCAGUUGAUGAGACAACUCGAGUAAAACUAAGAUUGAUGGGUUAAAAAAUGAUUAUGGAGUCUAUAAAUGCUGAAGGAGUAGAGCAUCCCUGAUAGUGAAAGGGAUUUAUACAUUUUAAAGUUUGGAUGCAUUUCAUUUGGAUAAGAAUGUAAGAAUCAUGUUUGGAUAAAAAACAACACCCUUUUAUGUAAGAUUAUAAGAUAUCUGAGAAAUGAUCUACCGAGAUUUUAUGGUGAUCAUAUUUUGACGUAAAGAAAGAACGUUCAUUUUAUUAGAGUGGUCAAGUUUAGGGCAGAAUUUUCUGUUUCAAUGAAAAAUGAAGAAGUUGUCCUAGUUCUUUGCUUCAAAUCAAUUUCAUGUCAAACAAAUAUGCUGUCUUCGUUUGUGUUCCCUUUAUAAGACACUUAAAAUUGAUUACAUUUGCUUAUGAACAUGGCGUUCAUGAGAAGAAGACAACUUUGAGAAAGGUUUUUGAAACUUGUAGUAUAAUUGUUACUAAUCAAAAGAACUUAAGUUGACAUACUAUUUUAUUAAAACAAGUAUAAGAGACACGCAUCUAGUGUCUGUAAGAUAAAUCAUCUGGUUUCCUAAUUUCUAUAUUUUAAUUCAAUGAAGCAGUUAAUACCUUUGCUAAAUUGAAAAUAUGUAGGCUUACAGUACCUCAGUAUUCUUGCUAAAUUGAUGUAGAAUUAAGACUUUUUCACCUCAUUGAAUUUGACCACACUAAUAUUAUGUCCAUGAAUCAGUGUUAAAUCUACAUCUGCUUAUAGAUAAAUAUAAUAAUGUCAUAUACAUGUAUAUCAUUUAGCCCCAUUCUGAGGUUCACUAGUUCACAUUAUAUCAUACGAUAGAAUUUGCGUGUGUUUUGUAGUUCUUAUUACUGAUGUUGAUCUUUAUUGUUUAAUGAGCAGCUUAGGAACAGAACAGGCAUUUCUAUUAUUCUAUUAUGAUUAAAUUGAGUUCUGAUAUAGACAAUUAUAAAGCAAAUACCAGUAACUGAAACCAUUUCUUAUUUUACAUGUUUUUUUCUUGUAAACUUGAAAAGAAGCUAUUAAUAAUAUUAUACAAUUAAAGGCUGUUCAUGUAGUGUUUAUAGGACAUAUAGAUGCUGAAGCAUAGUCAAUAAAACUGUAUUGACAUCAGCAUCAUGUAAUUAUCUACAGAAGAAAUUCAUUUUUUUUGAUACAUUUUGAUAGUAUUGAAAUGAUGUACAUUAAUGUUAGCUUACAAAAAAAACCUACUUGAAAUUUGAAUUUAAGGCAAAAUGUGAUUACCUUUAAAUGCUUGGCUUGUUUGUUUUCAAAGAGACAAAAUUGCCUGGGGCAUAAUUCACAACCUGUUGAAGAUAUUCACAUGAAACUAAGUACACAUGUUGCCGGACACAGUAUGCACAUGUGUAUGAAGGCCAGUAACUCUGGCUUUAAUAAUUGUUGAGUUAUGCCACUCAUUGACUGAAAAACACACGAAACAAGUUUCCCUGCACUCUUGUUGGGAACAAGAAGCAAUAUGUAAUGGCUUACAGUAUUACACAUGUAAGUCGAUGGAUGUGUAAAAAAUUUUUAAUCGAAUAUGUCAAACAUAGUUAAUUAGUUAACCAAAUAUAGAUAGAAUUAGAUAUUAUCUUAGAAACCUUAUCUGAGAUGAAAUACGAUUAAGAUUCUGGUUAUUACCGGUAUGCAUGCUUUUCAAAGAUAAUGCAAUGACCUUGUUGUGGCGCGAUGUUUGUAAAUGCCUGUUCUGUUCUUGGAGAAAUCUGUUGGUUUGUAUGUAUGCAUAUAUAUCUAUUCUUACAUUGAAUGUACAGGUAUUUUUAAUUUAACCAGAGUUUAACAGAAUCAGCAUAAUUCCAUUUUAAAGGUAAUCUUUUCUGGUAUAUGUCUAAAGUAGUAACGACCUGUUUUUAUUCAGAACUAAAGCAUUCUAGUGCACUAUUCAAAGUCAAAUAUUUGCCUGUUUGCUUCUUUAAGCUUUUAGGACUUUUUUAUUCCCCAAAAAAAGUUUAAACUCAAUUUGAUAUAAAUAGAGAAAUUGUAAAAUUUAUCUUGCUGUGGUUUUUAUUUCUUGAAAAGAAAGCGUUGUGCUUCUACAUGAAUAUAUAUUCAAACUAGAUAAUGAAAAUGAUGAAAAAUCAUGUUUUCUUUAAUUAAAUGAGGGUUAUUCCAAUGGUGCCUUUUGCUUGUUUACCCAUUGUGCUAGAUCAUAUACAUGCCUCUGUGUUAUAAGUCACAUGAUAAUGUACUGUGGUAAAUUGGAAUAGAAUUCUAAUAUUGUUUAUAAGAUGAGUUGCCAUACAACUACAUAUAUGCUCAUACAUUACAACAGAUUUUGGUUCUUGUUUAUAAUGUUGUACCAGAAAAUAAUGACUCAUUAAUGAUUUAUGUGGCAUAUACAUGAUUUAUGUGGCAUGUGGCAAGUAUAUAAUCUAUGUGCCACAUACAAGAUCUAUGUGUAACAUACAUGAUCUAUGUGCCACAUACAUGAUCUAUGUGCCACAUACAUGAUCUGUGUAUGAUUCCCAAACAUAAUGAAAAAGUUGCUCCAAAUGAGGUUAAGUUGCAUGAAACUGCUAUAUAUUAAUUGUUUUACUGCUUUCAUGUAACUGAAAGUACUGGAAGACUGUAUAUUGUUCUGGAAGUUUCUCUGGUACUCCGUAGGAAAUUGCUGCAACACCAAUCUGGUGGUAGAACCAAAAAUAGCUAUAUUACUGACCAUGAUAUGAAAAGGCUGAACUGGGAGUCAUAUAUUUUACAUAAAUUUUACUGGAAGAUUGUUUAAAUGAUAGCUUUUGAUGGAGGUAAUCUAAACAAUAUAUGUAAUACAGGAUGUAAUCUAAAUAAUAAACAGUUUAGUAAAUGUAAUGUAAAACAAGACAUUUUACUGGAAGAUUCUUAAAACUAUAGAUUUUACUGGAAGAUAUCUAUACAGUGUGGGGUCUCUAAAAGUAAUCAAUAUUAUUUUACUGCAUAUUUUAGUGAAAUGAAGAUUUUAAUAUAUUAAUUUGAUACUAAAAUACGAAAUUAACUUAUAUGACAAUUUAGGUAGCAGUUCCAUUAUAAGGAAUAAAUAAAGGAGCAUUAAACUGGUCAUUAUUUUCUUGGUACGGUAUAAAUAAGGGCUCUGCCCUUUCAUAUGAUUAUAAUUAGUCAUGUCAAUAUAUUUUCUCUUUUGUUUUGUACUAUUUCAUGGGACUGUUUGCAAAUGAAAACUCUUUUUAUGAUAAACUAAUAUAACAUAUAUAAAUAUAUAUUUGUUCAUAACAUUAUAUUAAUAAAUUUGUCAGACUAAUUGUUUUUGCAGUAAUUGUUUUGUUUAAUACAUUUGAAUAUGAUACUGCAACACUAUAUGAAUUCCAUCAUUUGUCAACUCAAGGUUUGAAACUAAUUGCAUACUGGGAUGGAUUCCAUGUGGUACUUAGUUAUAAAAUGUUUUUGUUGGAAUUAAGAUUUUUGAUUGAAAAGAAAUGAGCCACUUGUUCAUUCCUGCAACACUUCAACUUUAAAAUCUGGAACCAAUACUGAAAAACUGAAAUAGUUAGUAUAUUUAGUGAAACAUUCAGAUAUAUUUUGUGCUUCGCUUCAAGCAAAACUAUCAUAGAAGUACUGCUACAAUUCUUUAUGUAUAAUUUGCUCUUUUUUCACAAAAUAUUUGUUUUGAAUGCACACCAAUGCAUAUGUAUCACUAAACUGUUAUUGUUCGUCUUUUUUGUCUCCAAGAAAUGAGAUUUAGCGUUAUCAACUUAACACUAAAGUUCAUUUGCAAGCAGUCCAGUGUCCAUCCUUGGGAAGUUUGUUAAUUCUCAAACAAAUCAUUAUUUGUGAUUACUUUAUUGUCUUCGAGUUUGCGAGGACUUAAUAAAGAAAAUAAAUGAUAA